AUGAUGUUUGUUAAAUACAUUUAUUUGAAUAAUAAGAUAAAGGUACUUAAUAAAAAUGCACCAUUAAAUAAUUCACACUAUUUGGAAAAAUCUCAACCGCGUCAGAAUAAUUUCAUAGAAUGGUUGAUAUCAAUAUUUCAAUUUAAUCCCAUUACACAGGGUACCAUUACCCCGCCCAUUACCAUAAGACCACCCUUGGUGACCAAACAAUGUAUGCCUUGUUCUUGUGGCACGGCCAAUGUUAUUAAUCGCAUUGUGGGUGGGGAGGAAACUCAAGAGAUACGUUAUCCAUGGAUGGCCUUGCUUAAAAAUAACAAUCGUUUUUAUUGUGGUGGCUCCUUAAUAUCAGAUCGUUAUGUGGCCACAGCUGCUCAUUGUUUGAGAGGAUUUACGCCAUUGUUUAUAUCAGUCAGUUUAUUGGUUCAUGAUCGCAAGUCCAAUUCUUCCAGAGAAAUUAGUAGAAAAACUAAACGAGUCAUAAUACACGAAAGUUAUGAUCCCUAUAAUAUUGAUAAUGAUAUUGGGCUGAUUCAACUGGCAGAGCCGGUGGAAAUGUCAAAUGUUUUAAGGCCGGUGUGUAUGCCUCUGAAGGAUCAAACAUAUUUGGAUGAAAUUGGCAUAGCUAGUGGUUGGGGCGCCACUUCAGAGGGUGGAGCAUUGGCUCAAAAAUUAAUGCAAGUCAGUGUGCCUAUUAUUUCAAAUGAAGAUUGCAAUGCAAAAUAUGGUGAAGAUCGUAUAACAGAAAAUAUGAUGUGUGCUGGUGUGCCGGAAGGCAAUAAAGAUUCCUGCCAAGGUGACAGUGGCGGUCCAUUUCAGGUGCAUAAUAAAGAUUUGGAUAUUUAUCAUUUGGCUGGUAUUGUUUCGUGGGGUGAAGGUUGUGCCAGACCUGACAGACCGGGUGUGUAUACGCGUGUAACACGUUAUUUGGAUUGGAUUGAUAAGCAUACAAAUGAUUCGUGUCGUUGUGAUAUGCCCACCACAAAGUUGGCGGAAGACAUUAAUUGGGAGAGGGGAUUAGAUAAGAAGUGUUAAAUAAAAUAAUGGAUUUAUAACAAAAUCUUAUAAAA